AUGCUAAGCUUCCUAUGUUGUUUGAACUCUCCAAAAGUGCUUCCGACACUCAGGAUCAGUACACUCAAAGAAAAUGUUGAAGCAUUUCGUAGAAUCACUAUUCAGCCAAGAAUACUUGUUGAUGUGAGCAGAAUAGACAUGUCAACUGUUAUACUCGGUCACAAGACAUCGGCUCCAAUUAUAGUUGCCCCGACUGCUUCUCAUCAAUUGGCACAUCCUGAAGGAGAAGUUGAAACAGCUAGAGGUGCUGCAGCAUGUAAUGUUAUCAUGGGAUUGUCGUUUAUGUCUACAUGCACAGUGGAGGAGGUUGCUUCAAGCUGCAAUGCUGUUCGCUUCUUUCAAACAUAUGUUUACAAAAGGAGAGAUAUAACAGAACUUAUGGUACGUCGAGCUGAGAGCAACGGGUUCAGGGCUAUAAUUCUCACUGCUGACACUCCAAGGCUUGGCAGAAGGGAAGCUGAUAUGAAUAAGAUGAUUUCACCUCGAUUAAGGAAUUUUGAAGGUCAUACAUCAACUGAAGUUGUUUCUGACAAAGGAUCAAAUCUUGAAGCAUAUGCUGCAGAAACUCUUGAUCCUUCACUUUGCUGGAAGGAUAUAGCGUGGCUAAAAUCAAUUACUAAGUUGCCAAUUUUGAUUAAGGGCGUUCUCACUGGUGAAGAUGCAAUGAAAGCAAUUAAAGCAGGAGUUGUAGGAAUUAUCGUCUCGAACCAUGGAACUCGGCAACUAGAUUACACUCCAGCUACUAUUUCUGUUCUUGAAGAGGUUGUCCAUGCUGCUCAAGGUAAAGUUCCAGUUCUUCUUGAUGGAGGAAUUAGGCGAGGAACAGACAUAUUCAAGGCGUUAGCGCUAGGCGCAAAAGCUGUUAUGAUUGGUCUACCGGGUAUCUAUGGCCUGGCUGCUAAGGGAGAAUCUGGGGUAAAGCAAGUUAUUGAAAUGCUAAAGAAUAAACUUGAGCUGACCAUGGCUCUUGCUGGCUGCUGCAGUGUGGAUGAUAUUACCAGAAGCCAUGUUAAGACAGAUAAAGAGAGGUUCCUUUGUAGGAUGUAA